AUUGGUCCCCAACUUAGUCCUGCUGGGCUUCGAGGACACACAGACUCCGCCCCCGCCCCAACUACCCGAGACCCUGCCUUUCUCACCCCAAGCACAGAGCCCGAGGUCCCCUCAGAUCCUCACAGCCCCCAACGACGCCCCACAGAUGUCUCAAAGGAACCCUCUCCUCACAAUCCCAGACUCCCCCAGACUUAAGCACAGAUCUCCGCAGAUCCUACCCAGACACUCGCUCACAAAGAUCCCGCAACACACACCCCACUUUUCAGAAGUAAACCCUCUGGGCUCGCCCCCUCGAGGCCCAGUGCAAUCCCCUCAGGAGACCUCACCCACCGGGGAGGUGACCAGACCGCCUUUGCCACGGAGACUACUAGGCGUUCCGGUUGCCCUGGUGACCGGCGCCUACUCUCCUGGCCCGGGUUCCGGAGGCUUCAGUCAAGACCCUCCCUCAUCGGCCCUAGACCCCUUGUCCCUACCCACUUUCCCAGGUCAUGCCAGAGCUCCUUUGCGAAGUUCUGCAGAUAUCCAAGUCCCCUCCCCAGGUAGCAGACUUUCAGGCAAGGCAUUUCAACACUCAGCACCUGCAGCUGGGGCACAUCCAAAACCAAGAGCCUUCCCUCCCUGAGGAUCAACACCUGCCAUCCUAAGUCAAGGUCUUGACCUAAGGACUUGUAACAACCAAGCCAAAGCCCAGAGAUGGAAGCAGAUCAGAUCAUAGAAGAGCCUCAUACCACCAUGGAUGUAGAGGAGCACCCCCCUUCAGAGGACCCCUCUGCUGAGGACUUACAGGAGAACCGUAUCUCUGAAAGCUUCUUGGAGCCUUCCACCUCUGCGACCCCGUUAGAGCCCCAUACCUCUGAAUCCCCUUUGGUGCCAUCCCCUUCCCAGAUCCCCUUAGAGGCCCAUUCCCCUGAAACCCAUCAGGAGCCUUCCAUCUCUGAGACUCCUUCAGAGACUCCCACCUAUGAGGCUUCAUUGGAUAGUCCCAUCUCAGUGGUGCCAGAGAAACACCUUACUCUUCCUCCCCAAUCACGAGACUAUGUCUGUCUGUCUUCUUCUGAUACUCUGAAGGAAGACCUCUCCUCUGAGUCUUCUUCCAAUGAGGUCCCACGGACAAGGAGGUCUACCCAUCUCUCUGAAUCUGAGAGCCUUCCAGAACACUCUCUUUCAGGCCCUUCAGCCCAGGUCCAAGUGGACACAUCCGAAAAGCAGGAGGAAGAAGCAGGAGAGGUUGAAAAGGGAGUAGAUGCCAGUGACAGCACUGCUCACACAGCCCAACCUGGACACCAACUAGGCAAGAAGAAGAAGAAGAAAGGAGUUAGCUGUAACACAGCCUGCCCAGUGUUCCCUGCUAGGCAGACAGAGCUGGUGGAAGUGGCUAAGGCAAUGCAUAGAGAGGAGUUUGGUGCUCAGGUGAACAAUCUUUUCCAGUGGGAGAAGGAUACAGCCCUGAAUGCCAUCCAGACAGGUCUCUACAUUGGCUGGCGCUGCCCCCAUUACCUAUGGGACUGUUUCCGGAUUAGGGAUGAGUCCAGAUGCUUUUGUGGACAUUUGUUUAGAGAGCACCGGAUCAUCUCAGACAUAUCGGUGCCCUGCAAGGUAAGCCAGUGCCGCUGCUUCAUGUUCUGCUUUAUCCCAUCACGCCCAGAGGAGGUGGGUGAGUUCUGGCUCAAGAGACGGGCCACCUUUGACCCCAAGGCCUGGAGGGCCCUAUGUCGCUGCAAACACAGCCACGAAGAACAUGCAGCCACUGGGCCCCAUCCCUGCAGGCAUCAUGGCUGUUGCUGCGGCUGUUUUGAGUCUAAUUUCCUCUGUGCGGCCUGUGACCGGCGCUGGGAGGAACACAAGACUUUCUUUGAGACCCAGAAGACCCGGCGACGAGGAGGGAGGCCUCACGGUGAGGCAGAAACCUGGGACAGGGGGCCAUUCCAGGGUCUGUAGUCAGAAGACCAGGCAGGAAGGCACUCCCAUCCUCAACCAUCCCCUCCAGGACUAGUGCACUCCCUCAGCCCACCUCCCCACCACCCACCCACCUGCAUCCCACAUCUGCACUGGUUUUCACCCCAGGAGCAGACUAUGUACCUUUUGCAGAGAUGCCUGUGCUCCGAGAAGCCAUCCUCAGCAACUCUGACUUCGAGGCCCUGCAGAUACAGGGGCACUCUGGCCUUCCCAGCUCCCACCCUAGUCCCCUGGGGCUCCCUGGUUCACACAGUCUCCAGCCUGGCCUCCCUUCUGACCCCCAUACCUGACCC